GCUUGCGGUCUCCGAGAUUCAUACGCUCGGGUAUCGGCUAGUUAGUAUACGUAGUAUAGCUAUACGAAUCUGCUGAAUCCCAGGACGUAUAAUUAUACAGCUAUAUACUAGCUAUACUGAAGCGCAGGCAUUUACGACAACACUGAAAGUAUUUUGGUAGCUAGUAGCUAUCACAACCAGCCAUAUCUUAGGCGCGACAGAUCAUACGAACCCCGCUGACGACGACACUGAACGAAUCGUAAAACUGAAGUUUAUAGACCCUGGGAGGAGGGAGAUGGCGAGUCUAGGUGGAGACGUCUUACCACCAACGACCAGCCUCGUGGCUGCAGCGUUCGGUUCACUGGUGAGCACUCCGGUGUACACGUCGCAGGAAUACCAAGCCCUCGUCGCUAGAGACGAAGACGCGGCGGAGAGCGCCCAGAAACUAGACGUGGCUCUCAUGUACGAGCACACGCUGGUCUGGGGCCAACUCGGAGACAAGAGAAAAUCCAGUGGAGCCAGGGGAGACGAUGGUACAGUAACCCUCAUAGCCAAGACCCUGUCUGGAAACACUCAGGAGGUAACAGUUCCUCGCGGGACCUCCUGUGCAGACCUCAAAAAGGAGGUGGAGAGCAAGACGGCCGUCCCCGUCCAGCGACAGAGACUAGUCUACGCUCAACAGCACCUGGAAACGACUCGCGAUCUCGGAGAUUACUCCAUCGUGAAUCACGCAACGCUCCACAUCCUCAUGCUUCUUCCCGACGGGAACCAGCCGUUCUACUACAUGGACGACUCCCUCCUCGACCGGAACUACGACUACGACUUUAGGAAGGUGGUUGACGGGUCUAAAAAAUUUUAUCGCGGAGGGUACCUCUACACGCGUCCCUGCGGUUGGGAUAGAAAGGCUUUGAAGGUUCUCGGGCGAUACGGAGAUAACGGUUGGCUGGGAGCUGGCGGGCUACGGACUGAAUCCAGCAAGGGCGAAUGGCCGGUGUCUUAUCACGCUACGGCAAAGGGGAGAAACGGAAACAUAGCUCAGGAGGGGCUCCUAGCGUCGCGCGGGAAAACGUUUUGCCUUCCAGCGCGGGAUCUACACGACACCGUCGGCAGAAGUGGCGGCGAGAUUUGCACCGACGUUUGAGUACGGCGAGAGCACCUAUCAGGUGAUAUUUCAGAAUCGGGUUAACCCUGGUAAUCUGCAGAUAUUGCGUGGAGGAGGAGGGGAGGAGUUUUGGGUGUCUCCGCAACAGGAAGACGUGAGACCUUACAGCAUCUGUCUCCGACAGAAAACAUAGACAUUUCACUUUCUACCACAACUCUAUAAUACUACAUACAGUAGCUGUUGAGCCAAGUACUCGGUAUUGCAUACUUUAUACAGUACCUAUGUAUGAUGUGUACUGUCCGUAUGAUGUACAGUAGCUCUGUGUGAGUAAAAUGAUACACUUUUUUCCAGUUUCACUAUCCAAUACUUUAGUGUUAACAUUCUCCAGUAUUAAUAAUACUAUAGCCACAAUACUACCUACAUACUGUUUAAUUGAGUGAAAGUGUUAAUGUGUGCACCAUUUGUUUUUCGUCAAUUUUUUUCUGUACUAGUUUUCAUAAAAACAUCUCGUUCUCUAUGAUACAAUUUACAUAAUGUAUGCACAUACGUAUUUUCUGUGCUAAUGUGGAAGAAAUUAAAUUUUAGUACAAAGAGAGUCAGUUGAAUUACACAGUAGUGAGAUGUGUUCAGUGCUAAAAAGUAUAGGUGCUGGUCAUUAUCAACCGCUCCUCAUCUUU